AUGUACAGCGCUACCGUAUACGGGUUAGGCAGCGUGGUCUUGAUCAGGCAUUCUAAAUUGAUUGUGCCAACUGUCCUGCGUCGUUCGACAAUCAGCCCGAGGAAGAUAUCGACCGGGGCAAUGUUCCAUAAAGCAGUGAAGGAUCACUCCAGCAAAGGCUUCGCAUCUGCCAAACCGCUUCACCCGAACAAUCACAAAUUGAAUGCGAGUUCUUUUUCAACCAUCAAAUCGCCUUCGUCUCUUGCCGGAGCUAAACGCAAGAUUGAUAUGGCUAGCGCAGGACAAUCUGCCUUAGGAUCUCUCCAUGACGCCGUCUACUUUGAUGAAAAUGAUUUCGACGACGAUGACGACCUAGACUUUGAGAUUUUAAAGCCGGGACCACUGAGUCAAGAUGUCGUACCUACGUCGAGCGAGACACCAUGUUUACCAUCGCAAUCAAACUAUAGAGCAGAUGACUCAACAUACACUGCUAGGUCGAGUACCACAGGAUAUAGCCAAAGCAUGAGGACGCAGAAUGUAAUUCAAUCCGAUAUCAAAUACCCCGAGCUCCCACAGGUGGACGACAAGCCUCAGGAACAAAUUCCGCCAAGCAGUAUGCCGAUUCCGUGGUCAUCGUCACCCCCCUCCCAUCACCAACCACCUCAACAAAAGCGUCGCAAACUACCCUGGGGUCAGGAAGACAAAGGUAGCACUUACAGCAACCCGAUAACUCCGGCGCCGACGAGAAAACCAUCCACAAAAGCCGAGAUGCCUUGGAAUAAGACUGCAAGUACUGUGAAGGACGAACAAAAGGAGUUGAGGAGGAUAAAUAAAAAGAGGUCGACCGCCGCCGACUACAAUUUAAGUAAGCCUCAAGCGAGGGUUGCCUCUCUAUUCCUGAGCGAGGAACAGAAAGCAGUUCUCGAUGCCGUUGUCGAUCGACAAAAGAGCAUAUUUUUCACAGGUUCGGCCGGAACUGGAAAGUCUGUUCUCAUGCGAGAGAUUAUCAAGAAACUGCGGGACAAGUACAGAAAAGAGCCCGAUCGUGUUGCUGUGACUGCAUCAACUGGCCUUGCUGCUUGCCAUAUUGAAGGCGUCACCUUGCAUAGCUUUGCUGGAAUCGGUUUAGGUAAAGAGCCAGCAAAGGAACUGGUGAAAAAGGUGAGGAAAAACCAGAAAGCCAGGAAUCGUUGGUUGCGGACCAAGGUUUUGAUCGUCGAUGAAGUAUCAAUGGUGGAUGGCGAUCUUUUCGACAAACUGGAAGAAAUUGCCAGGAGUAUCCGAAACAAUGGAAGACCUUUCGGUGGAAUUCAGCUGGUCGUCACUGGCGACUUCUUUCAGCUGCCCCCAGUGCCAGAGUCCUCGGCUCGAGAUGCCAAAUUUGCAUUUGACGCCGCUACCUGGAAUACUUCCAUCCAACAUACAAUCCUGUUGACUCAUGUCUUUCGACAAAAGGACCCGGUGUUUGCAGAGAUGUUGAACCAAAUGAGACUAGGAAAGAUCACACCGCAGACGACAGAGGCGUUCAAGAAAUUAUCACGCCCUCUAGACUUCCAUGACGAUUUGGAUGCUACUGAAUUAUUCCCUACACGCGCGGAGGUAGAAAAUGCCAAUGGAGUGCGAAUGAGCAGACUAUCAGGUGAGGUGAUGGUAUUCAAUGCUCAAGACUCUGGGUCUAUUCAAGAUGUACAGAUGCGAGACAGAUUACUCGCCAAUUGUAUGGCGCCACCGGUCAUUCACCUGAAGAAGGGAGCUCAGGUUAUGCUAAUCAAGAAUAUGGAGGACAACCUGGUCAAUGGUUCCCUGGGCAAAAUAGUUGCCUUUAUGGAUGAGGCCACAUUUGACUACUACCGAAACAACGAGGACGAGUUUACUGGGGAUAAUAAAGACGGAGACGAUGAGGAUGACGCAGCUGCCCGCAACCGCAAGAAGUUGCGGGCAUUAGCACACAAAGAAGGGGGCAUAAGCACGAGUCGCAAAUGGCCUUUAGUCUGUUUUACUCAGCCAGAUGGCACCGAAAGACAUCUUCUAUGCCAGCCAGAGACCUGGAAAAUUGAAUUGCCCAACGGUGAAAUCCAGGCACAGCGUUCACAGGUGCCAUUGAUCUUGGCAUGGGCCCUUUCAAUUCACAAGGCCCAGGGUCAGACUCUUCCGCGAGUCAAGGUGGAUCUAGGUCGAGUAUUCGAAAAGGGACAGGCAUAUGUUGCGCUCAGUCGAGCAACAUCUCAAGCAGGUCUUCAGGUUACGGGAUUCGAGCCGCGCAAAGUUAUGGUGCACCCAAAGGUCAUUGAGUUCUAUUCGAAGCUCACUGACAUCAAUACGGUGGUCAAGCCCGCCAGAAAAGAAUCGAAUGACAGCAGAACAGGCAAGGUGUAUGAUGAGUUCGAUGAGCUGCACAAUGAAUACAUAGCCGGCCUGCCAUAG